GAGAGGAGAGAGUAGGGAGGGGAGAAGUGUAGGAGGAGUGGGGAGAGAGGACAUAUAAGGGAGGGGGGCAGUGUGCUCCGUGCAGUUAACUACAGAGAGAGAGAGAGGGAGGGAGAGAGAGAGAGAGAGAGAGAGAGAGAGAGAGAGAGAGCGCAGCCCGCCGGCCCAUUGAGGAAAGAUGGCUACAGUCACUGCAAACGGAGUGCAGCAGGAGAAUGGAUUCAGCACCACGAACAGCGCCGGCAGGAUGAACGGGCUCACCAUCGGGCAGAACACCAUUCCAAUGAAGGACCACGACGCCAUCAAGCUUUUCAUCGGGCAGAUUCCCAGGAACCUGGAGGAAAAGGACCUGAAGCCGCUGUUUGAGGAAUUCGGAAAGAUAUACGAACUCACCGUGCUGAAGGACAGGUUCACGGGAAUGCAUAAAGGAUGUGCCUUUCUAACAUACUGUGCCAGAGAGUCAGCACUGAAGGCCCAGAGCGCCCUCCAUGAACAGAAGACUCUGCCAGGGAUGAACCGGCCCAUCCAGGUGAAGCCAGCCGACAGCGAAGGACGAGGAGAAGACAGGAAGCUGUUCGUGGGAAUGCUCGGCAAGCAGCAGGGCGAGGACGACGUCCGGCGGCUGUUCGAGACCUUUGGCCAGAUCGAGGAGUGCACCGUCCUGCGUGGGCCUGAUGGGGCCAGUAAGGGCUGUGCCUUUGUGAAGUUCUCCAGCCACGCAGAAGCGCAGGCCGCCAUCAACACCUUGCAUGGCGGACAGACUAUGCCCGGUGCCUCGUCCAGUCUGGUGGUCAAGUUUGCGGACACCGAUAAGGAGCGGACCCUGCGUAGGAUGCACCAGAUGGCGGGCCAGCUCGGCAUCUUCAGUCCCAUGACCAUCCAGUUUGGGGCCUAUGGCGCCUACUCUCAUGCUGUAAGUCUCAGCCCGGCGGGGGAGGAGACGCAGAUGAUGCAACAGCAAGCAGCCCUGAUGGCAGCGACACAAGGGUCCUACCUGAACCCCAUGGCGGCCAUCGCUGCCGCUCAAAUGCAGCAAAUGGCAGCGUUCAAUGUCAACGGCCUGGUGGCUACUCCCAUGACACCGUCCUCAGGCACCAGCACACCCCCGGGCAUCUCCGCCACAGCCGUGCCCAGCAUAGCCACCACGAUCGGGGUCAACGGAUUCAGUGCCCUCCCUCCUCAAAGCAAUGGGCAGCCCACCUCUGAGCCCAUCUACACCAACGGUAUCCAUCCCUACCCAGCACAGAGUCCAACGGUGGCCGACCCUCUCCAACAGGCUUAUGCUGGCGUCCAGCACUACGCAGCAGCCUACCCUGCCGCCUAUGCGCCAAUCAGCCAAGCGUUCCCCCAGCAACCAACCAUCAUUCCCCAGCAACAGAGGGAAGGGCCAGAGGGUUGCAACCUGUUUAUUUAUCACCUGCCCCAGGAGUUCGGCGACGCGGAGCUCAUGCAAAUGUUCCUGCCUUUCGGCAACGUCAUCUCCGCCAAAGUCUUUGUGGACCGAGCGACCAAUCAGAGCAAGUGUUUCGGCUUUGUGAGUUUUGAUAAUCCAUCCAGUGCUCAAGCCGCUAUCCAGGCCAUGAACGGGUUUCAGAUAGGCAUGAAGAGGCUGAAGGUGCAGCUAAAGCGGCCAAAGGAUGCCAACCGACCUUAUUGACUCGCCUGCUGUCCACACCCAGGAUGAAGGGCCACAACACCUUAUUUCCACAAGUGCAGUAAAAGUACAAAGACUUCUUGCUCUGCUACAUAUCAUGAAGGAAGGGUGGUCCCUUGAUCCUGCUGGAAACCCGCAGAAAGAUUGGGUGACUGAGAGGAGGAUCCCAGAGUUGUGUUCCUUUUUUUUUUUUUGACUUUUUUUCUCUCUUCGCAAAUGCCUCCUUUUUUUCCCCUGUUUUGCUUUGGCGUCUGUGGAAGAAGAUUUUUUGCAGAGACCAACUUUUUGCUGCUGUUUUUUAGACAUGAUGGGGGGAAAAAAGAAAAAAAAACAACCUUUAUAGACUCAUUAUGCUCAAAGCAUGCAUACUGACACAGGAUAUAAAUAAACACACAUAAAUACAGAUGACAAACCAAACAUACACAUUUAAAGAUGCUACACCUAAAAAAGUUUAAAAAAUGAAAAAAAAAAACUACUUUGUACAUGUAUAAAUACGUGCAAAUGCCAACUCAAGUACUGAAGCAAACACACACACAAACUUACACACAAACACACACCAGCCUGCUGCCAUUUUGGUUUUUGUGCCUACACAGGUGUUGUGCUCUGUGACAGGGCAAGCUCUGGAUGGAAGAGGAAAACGAGAAGAAGAGGAGAGAAGAGGAGAAUCCAGGAUAAUUUACAUGCAUCAUUCCUUAGGAAAUAGGGACCAAAGGACUAAACGCUUUUUAAAAGAAUAUAAAUAUAUAAAUAUAUAAAUAUAUAUUUAAAAACUCAUACCUUGUAGCUGCAAGUAUUACAAUUUACUCGUAGUAAAAAAAAAAAUCAUUAAAUCAAUAUCCAGUGGCCUACUGUAAGUACGAAUAAAAGAACAUGGAAAUAAUGUAUAAAAAAGACAUGGAAUCGUAGUAUAGGGGCUGAUCUUUUGCUCUGGAUGCUGAUUUAGCACCAGGUUGUAGAAUAGUAAAGUAGACUAGGAAAAAAAAAAAAAAAGUAGAUUUGCUAACUUUUGCUGUUGUUCGAAAAAAUACUUGAAGUCGUAAUGAAAAGGGGGCAGAAGAGGGGGAAAAAAGGGAAACAUGAAUUUGCCCCCCCCCUGUAAGCAACGAGUCUUUAUCUCUUGGAUGUUAAGGUAUCAGCCACUGGAUAUCUCGCUCAUCAUGAUGUACAAGUCACUUCACUCUCUGACAGCUAUGAACAGACUGUUCUGGAUGGAGGGAAAAAAAAGAAUGACAAGAGGAGAAGAAAAAAAAAAGAGUGAACUUCGCAUGUCUGCGCUGGACAGGGUGCAGACGUUUAAGGCUUCUCACUGGCCUUUUGUGUUGAAGCGACAAUCCACUGUAAAGACCAAGCAAAAUGGACAUGGGGUGUCUUUGGUUGUUUGUUUGUUUUUCUGGGUUUUUUUCUUUCUUGUCCUUUUGUAUUGCAACAUAAUGUGUGAACUAUGAAGCCACAGAUUGUUAAAAAGAGACAGUUCUAUAAAGACAGAUGGACACACGGAUGAUGGGGGAGCAGACAAAAACAAGAAGGAUGAGGAGGAAGGCGACAGCUACUGAAACUGCCAGCAGAAUGAAGUCAGUAAGAAUUGGCCCUUAUGGCAUUGGGAUUCCCUCACAAAAAAAAACAACUUAUAUAAGUGACAUGCCAAGGAUGUGUGUGUCCACUGGAGCUGCAACAAAACUCCAACCGGAUGUAAAAUGAACCUCGUCUUUUGGCCUGGCAGAUGCUGACAAAACCUCUUAAGACAAACUCAAUCGACAGUAUCGAUGGCAAAGGAGUGCAGGCUUCUACAGUUCAUUUAGCUCUGUCAAAUAUAAUGUAAAUUACCCUCUUAACAUUUUCCCUGGCCUGCUUUCCUCAUAUAGAACCCACGGGGGAGGGGGGGGGGACGACAAAACCAUACAGCUUAAACAGACUACAUCUGAAUCAGAUCAUUCUUAAGCAUCACUCAGCCUGCCACGGUCACCGGGCAGGACGGAGAGAAGCACUCCAGUACCGUCAUGUCUUGAUUUAGAGUCCUGUAGCCUUGUUUCAGAUGAAGGAACUUCUCUCGAAACCAGAUCGAUAUGUUUGCAACGAGUCUAGAGGGAGUAGCCGUGCUGUUGCAGGUUUUCCCAAUUCUCUCUGUCUAACACCAGCUCACAUCUGUACACCAGCCCUCUGACCACUGGCAGUACGAGGCCGGGAGGGAGGUGAAGAGGAGAGGCCAACAGGCCAAACGUCACACUGAGACCCUUGAAACUGAUGCUUUCAGGAUGAUGUCCAGGGAUUUGACUGAUCAAAUUUGAGGUUGUAAUUAAGCGGUGACAAACACACUAUAUCUGUGCUGUAUGCUUUUUUUUAAAGAAUUGAUGGAGGGACUGAGAAAAUAUGCCCACAGAUUCAAGACUCUUAAAAAAUAAGCAAUCUUGAUCUGAACCCUCCAUAUCAGCACGCCGUCGUGUCCCCUCUUGCCCCCCGCCCCCGUGUCCUAAAAGCAGCCACAUCUUUCCAGACCUCGGCCCAACAUCUACUGGCUCACGCCUUGAAACAGCAUUUUUCGAGAAAAAAAAAACCUGGCUAAUGUCUUAGCUCACUACCCUUCAAUUAUCUCCUGCACCGAAUUAGACAUGCUAUUUCACCUUUCCUUCUAAUCACACUAUAAUCACCAGCCUCUAUACAUUAGCAGCAACCAAGUGAAAAAUCACCGAGAUAAUCACUUGGACCAAAUGACGGGAGAAAUGGUCCCCCUGCAUGCACAUGGAUGACAGAAGGAAGAUUAGAGAGAAUUAUGUCUGUGCCUACUCGCUGGCAAGGCUGCUGACAGCUGACCUGGCACCAAUAACACUGCAAAAUGUACCCAAAAAAGGCAAAGGCGGAUGUGGGAUUAAACUUUUCCUAUCACAGCAAGGUGUUUCUAUUGAGAGUAGAUAGACAUUACCAAAAAUUCAAACAGAAUGUCUUUUUUUUUUUUAAAUGCAAACUUUGCAUCAACAGUUCGCCGGAAAUUGGGUCAAGACCAACAAUGUCACUGGAAAUCCUCAAUUUUGUAGGAGCAGCUGCUGUGAGGCCUGUUAUUGUCCUUCGUCUUGCAGCGCGUAAUUGUGUCUCAACAGGCGCCACAGAGGCCGCCAUCUUUUUUACAAAAUCACUUGCCCCACUCUCCUUUCUUUGCCUUGCUUGUGUUCCUGCUGAGACACCUGCGAAGCACAGCAUUGUUCAGCACCCAAGGGGAUAUUUGUGAGGCACAGUGGUUCCUUCUGAAUCAAACGGAGGCCCAUCAAGCUUUUUUGCUUUAAAAAAAAAAAGAAAAAAAGAAAUUGCUUUCAAAAGCAUGUAAGGUAAAACCCUCCUUCCUCCUCAGCCCUCAACGGGACUUUGGAUGCAGGAAGCGUCAUGGAUUAAUGUGAAGUAGGUCAAAACAAAGCCAUGUUCCGCGUGCUGUUUGUGCUCAUUAUUCAUGUGAAGCCGAACUACUCAACGACAAAUCUAAUGUUCCACGAGCAAUGACAUUUCCUGCUCGUCUCAGCCAGGUUCAGAGUUGCAUACUGCAAGUGAGGCUUUGUCAGGCUGAACAUGAACCUCGCACGCCUGCCCCACUGUUCUUCCCCGUCUUUUUACCAGAUGCUGCACUAGCUCCCACUGCUAAUGGCAGGUUGAGUCCCCCAGUGAGUCCCCCAAUAUACAGCCAAGUCCAUCCCACUGUCUACUUGGAUAAGAGUGCAGUGUUCAUGUAGCUUCUUUGCCAGGCCAGGGCUAAAUCAGGCAAUGUGAACUCAGCAUUUCAAUACUUUAAAUGAGGGUGCACUUAUUAUCUUUACACCCCAGAGAGGAUGUUAUUGGAGGGUGAGGGUGAAACAAGCUGCAGAACUCAAAAAAACAACUUGUUUUGGGUUCUUUUCAUUCCCUCUUUCAUUGAGGCUCUGCCCACACUGCUCCAGUCUGGUCUGGUUUAGAGUCCAGGCUGUUACACCUCCAAGAGCAAUGACAACCGUCAGCACAGCAGGUUCUCACCAAGCUGUUGCCAAACUGCUAUCUGGCAUUUGCUCACGAACUUACGGAGAACAUGUAACUUGGCAUUAUACCCCAAGGAAAUUAAUAUGAAUCUAAUUAACUGGGAGGAUAAGACUGAAAGCAGUGAAAGGUAUACGCAGGUAUAGUGAGCUCUUAUUCAAUAAGCAGUAAGACAACUCGCUCCUCUGCCACUGAUCCAUGUAACCGCUCUGACCGUGUAUCAUUAAAUUAAAAUCGGGGGCCAUAUAUACAUAGUACACUAAUUUCCUCAUCUGCCACUACUACACCACCGCUCGCAAGGUCAGUCCUCGAGAGGAACGGGCCCCGGCCAGUGGCCAUGCAGGGAACCGCUGGAGCAUGCCCACGAAUCUCCAACCCCCUGGGUGCAUAACACUCACCCUAAAAUAGCAGUGAUUGUCAAGGAAAGGAAGUGAAAUGUAAUUGACUAAAAGUGGAGAGAUAAUUAAAGGAACCUGUUGGACAGGAGGGAAGAAAUGAAUGCCUCGCAUGUAAUAGCUGCUUCGAGAGAGAGCUUUUCCGUCAUCUCGCUGUAGAGCAGAGAGAGUUUUCGCUGUGGAUGAGGGAUUUUGUGCGGAAACAUGUGGAGGUGGAAAAUAGGCACAGGGUGGUUGGGGUGCUGUGUGCUAAACUGAAACUCCACAAAAUCACUCCCAAUACUCAGGGCAUCAGGCGCCAUGAUGUCAUGAUUAGUGGAGAGGUUCAGAGCCUUUGCGUUACCCCUGAUCCUGAGGGAGGUUAGAGCUGAGUCACACAUACGAGGCCAGCGGGAGCAGUGAGAUCGCGUCCCAUCGCCGGGAGCGCUGAGCCGGCAGAAGGGCUGAUGGACCACCUGCUUUGGAUUCACAGUGUCCAAUUUCAAGACGAGCAAACACACAAACGAUCAUAUAAUCAAAAAAAAAAAGCCUUCUUCCACCCAAAAAAAUAAAUAAUGCACAGUUAAUCCCUGGGAGGCGUGAAAUUAUGUUUAACAACGUGGCUGAGAGUAACGACGAUAAAGAUUUUUUUUAUUCCCUAAUGUAAAUAGCCUAUAAAAUACAAAAAAACAAAACAGAGGAGGGUUGUACAGCAGCUUGUUUUUGAGAAUCCCAACUCUGUGGACAAUGAUGUCACUAUAAAAUGUAUCCACAGCAGUGCAGGGAUCUAGGAGAGUUUUAGUCCUUUUAAGCCCCUUAAGUUUGGGCUGCGAACAUGCAUCCUACAAGCCGAAGCGUUGGACCACGGCUUAGACAGUGUUUGACUUAGUGUCAAACCUAAGCCACGGCCCCACAGUGAUCCGUUAAUUAAGAUUCUGUGUACACCCGACACGUCAUGAUUUUUUUCUGACAGAAGAAGGAUUGCCUGCGCGGUAAUUGGAUUAGUCCAAUUGGGGCCGAUGAACAGAUAUGACAGUGACAGUAGAGUUCAUCCAUCUGCAUGCUUACUGCUUAACAGUGCAGCAAAAAAGAGGAAACAACAACAACAGCAAAAAGAUAUCGUCAGCCACUACCACACUUUUUCCACAAUCUUUGGAAGUGAAUGUUUGGGCUGUAAGAUAUUUGAAGAUGCACAUUUUGCAAAAACUAAACUCCAGGUAAUAGUUUCUUCAACAUGUACAUAAACCAUUUUGGGGGUAGUUACAACUUCAUGGUUAGGCCCAGAUUGGAAGAAAGAGACAAACAAAAAGACAGCAGUUAUUGUAGAGCCCAGCAGAGCCCCCUGUCUGCUUGACCCAGUCUGCCACUGCUCUUCUGACCACACACCUGCAUUACUUCUGUACAUACAAUAUAGCUUAUUUUUCAAUUCUGUUGAACCUUCUUUAUAGGGCCGUACAAUAGAUCAUGUUCAAACAUUAAAAAAAAGAAUAAUUAAAAGAAUAGUUAAUAUAUUUCGGUGAAACUAAGAGAAGGAACCUAUGAAAUAAUUUAUCAAAAAGAUAAAAUGAUUUUAUUUCUUGUAUAGUGAAGCACUGAUGUUCAAAAAUGGGAUUUUAUACUCAUGUUGGUAAAUCGUUAUUAAGUUUCUCUCUUUUUUAUUUUGUUAUUAUCGGCCGAAGCUGGGAUAGGCCCAUUGUCAUGAGGUUUAUUCGGAUAUGCUUUGAUUUCUUUCCCUUUUUUUUUUUCUGGCCACACAAUCCAUGUAUGGAAUCCCUUGUCGUUGGGCAAGUUCAAAGGGAUUUUGCCACUCAAAGCUCUUAAAUCAAUACAAGAAUAAACAAUCCGCACUGUAAAAGGAUGAUUGAUGGUACUGGUCAUGUGGAUUCAGAAAAGUGAGUCCAUUGCACAAACGUGUUCAAAUGAAUCAGCAUUGCAUGUUCAAAAGUAUUUCAUCUGAGGCCUUUUAUUGUUUGGAGAAAAACAGAAAAAUACAAAUCAAAAAAAAAAAAAAAAGAAGAAAUAUAGCAACCUUUGCAGCCAGAUUUGGUUUGAAGACCUAUGCUGUCAUACCCCAUCGUCUUUAAGCCAUGGAUGGAUUCCUGUAAUGUACCUCUCUUUAUGUAACUGGAUUUCUUUUCAGAUUUUUUUAUACCUUUUUUUAUUUUUUGAAGGGUUGUUGGUUAUCAUUGACAUAUCUCUGGUUUUCAUUGACUAUGUUCUUACCUACGGAAAGUUUCUUCAGCAGUUUGUUAUUCAAUGUGACUCCAUCCUCUGACGACAUCGUACCAACAGUGACAGCGCCAUAUUGUUUUGCUCCGGUCAGGUUGACUUGUUAAUCUGAGGAGGGAAUUCUGCCUUAAACCCAGCCUGUUCUCUUUGACAGUACUACCUGUGAACAGUGGUCGGACACACUGUAUUCUGGGGAUGCCAAAUGCUCUAACUUCAAAAGUCAAAAAUCCGUUGUAAAGACAAACACCUCGCCAGAGUCAGUUUUGCCACGAGCCCAUUCUGACACAAAUGAGGAAGUGGUCAUGCACCUCCAUCACCAUUGGUUAUAAGGACCAAAAUGUAAACAAACUCAGCUAACUGAGCAGUUUGCUCCAAUCAAGCAUUCAAUGAGAGCCUUUAAAGAAUUCACAUUUAGCCACACGUAAUAUCGCAUCCUUGAUCUUUGUAUCAUCAAUCAUCGCAUUCCCAGCUUCACUAUAUACAUUUCAUCCUCUUCAUUUGUUCUCAUGCACAAUUCAUUUCUCAUACCAUAUCAAGGUAUUUAUAUUCACGAGGAAUGGAAGAAUCAUUUCUUUUUAUCAUCCGACUUGGAACAAACUGGGUUACUGUUUUUCUUUUUUGUUUGAAACAGAGAUGUAAUUUGAAUUAGCGUCGGCUCGGGUCCGUUUCCCUGAUUUGGAGUGAUAUCUCCCUUAGUGCUCCUGAACUCUGUAGUUCUCUAGUUCAUUAUAUUCUGCUUAGACUAAAAUAAAGCACAGUCCUGUAGAA